AUGUCCGGCUUCUGGACCCUCUCGCCUCAAGUGACCCGCGGACGUGAUCCUUUGGACCUCCACCGCAACUGCAACGCCUUCUACGCGCUCGGCGUCCACGGCUCCUACGACGGUCUCGUCCUCCUCAGCUUCGAGUCGUCCAACGCCUUCCACACCACCUUCUUCGUCUGGAUCGCCGGGUUCUACGUGCACGCCGGCGCCGCUUCCCGGGAGUACCGGCUGCUGUACCUCUACCACCGGCACAACAACUCCGGCCACGAGAGCGAGUGCUUCAUCCUUACGCUCGGCUCCCAGGUGCCCAGGUCCAUCCAGCGUCGGGCGUCGUCCGCCGCCGUAUUCGGGGAGGUGGAGAGAGCGCUCCACGGCGCUUGCCACUGGCCGCCCGUCCUUCUCCACGGCAGCCUGCACUGGCCGCCGACGCGCCAACAACAGGGCGGCAUACUACUGGUCUUCCACACAGAUGUCGAGGUCUUUCAGUUCGAUUCCUCCUCCUCCGGCCGCCGGCGCAUGUGA